CAAAUUUCAGCAUGGACAAAAUUAUGAGAGGUAGAGAAGGCCAAAGAGAGCAAAAUCUGACCAGGUGGGGAGAUCGGCAAGAUCGUGACUUAGUUAGCAUCAAGAUGAAGAUUCCUCCAUUUCAAGGCAAGAAUGAUCCAGAUGUGUAUUUGGAGUGGGAAAAGAAGGUGGAAUUGGUGUUUGAUUGCCAUAACUAUUCUGAGAAGAAAAAUGUGAAACUAGCAGUGGUGGAAUUUACUGAUUACACUGUGGGCCUUACUCAAGGGUCCAGAAGCGUUGAGGAUUAUCACAAGGAGAUGGAAAUCACAAUGCAUUAUGUUGAAUUAGAGGAUAUGGUGCACAUGGCAAUGAAAGUAGAAAGGCAACUCAAGUGUAAAGGUGCCACCACCAGAACUGGGCAAAAUCCAGGUUCCUCAUUUUCUUCGAAACCAAAUUGGAGCAAAAAGGAAGAAAUUUCUGCUUUUAAGCCUAAAACUUCAGCAUCUAAGUCAAAAGACGUUGGCAGCAGUGAGAAGAGUAAAACUGACAAGGAUGGAGAAAUUGAAACAGAGGGUGAAUUUGAUGAUGACUCUAUGCCACCAUUGGAAGAUGCUGAUGAUGAUGGCAUGGAAUAUGCUGUUGAUGGGAACUGCUUGUCACCAGGCGUAUGUAGUGUGAUUAUUGAUGGUGGCAGUUGUACUAAUGUAGCUAGCACUGUUUUGGUUAAAAAGCUUAAUUUACCGAUGAUGAAGCAUCCAAGGCCAUAUAAGCUGCAAUGGUUAAAUGAUUGUGGAGAAAUUAAGGUAAAUAAGCAAGUUCUGGUUUCAUUCUCUAUCGGACGAUAUAAGGAUGAGGCACUGUGCGACGUGGUUCCCAUGCACGCUGGACAUUUACUUUUGGGGAGACCAUGGGAAUAUGAUAGGAGAGUAACACAUGAUGGCUUCAAAAAUCACUAUUUGUUCAUCAUGGAAGGGAAAACAAUUACUUUUGUGCCGUUGAGUCCAAGGCAGGUUUAUGAGGAUCAACUGAGACUGAAAAAAGAGAGCAAGCUGAGAAAAGAGAGUGAGCUUGAGGGUAUGAAAAACAGAGAGAAAACAGCAGAGGAAGAGUUAAAAAAGAGAGAAAAGAUCGAGAGUGUUGAAAACAAAGAGAGAAAAUCAGUGAGUGUUUCUACAAAAGAAAGUAAUGUCAAGGUUGCGUUCUUUGCAAAGCAGCCUAUGUUUGUGCUUCUAUAUAAAGAUGCUUAUUUCAACACUAAUGAACCUAAUGAUUUUUUGCCUAGUGCUGUUAAAUCUCUUUUGCAGUACUUCAAGGAUGUGUUUUCAGAUGACGUUCCUAAUGGUUUACCACCAAUAAGAGGAAUCGAGCAUCAAAUUGACUUCAUUCUUGUCCAUGUGAUGGGAAUCAAGACGACAGCAUAUCUACCACGUCAUGUGAUCCAUUACACACCCAAGGAGGUCCAGUCACGCGAGCUAGAGCUAAGAAGAUGCGUGAAGCUUUAAAUGGCCUUAUUGAG